CUCUUACCAAACUGUCCUCUCUGAUAGUGUCAUUAGGAUCUCGAUUCUCUGAAAGUGCUCUUUUCAUCUGUCAAAUUAAAUCCUUUUGUGAACAUGUUUCUCAGAUUGUAGUAAUUUAAGUGGAACCAAUGUUCUCCCAUUUCAAUGGUAUUCUAGGAAUGUUUUAGUUUUCGAAACUAUGGGAGUGGAUUCAGUGGAAUUCGAUGGGGAAGGCUUUUCAUGUUUCUGGCUGAAUCUCUUGUUAUAGAACUUCGGAGAAACGAUCAGUUGCGAUGCUUUGAAGUCUGCGUAGAAGUUGGUGAACUGUUGACAUUCUUGUUCUUCAACUUCAACAUGCUUUUCAUUUUCCUUUCAGAGGUUUUCCGUGUUUUCUGAGACUCAUCUGCCAGAAUUCUAAUUCUUAUACGGCAUUUGAGUUUCCUGGGAUUCCAACUGCACAAAAAAGCACGAGGAAUGGGGGUUUUCCGUGUUUCAUUGCAUGGAACCAUGAAAUCUGAUGCAAUUAAUGUUCUGACUGCAAUUGUGCCUCUAUUGAAACUACUAUCUAUGAGUGUCAUUGGUCUGAUUCUUGCCCACCGGAAAACGCAAAUUGUCCCCAAAGAGACUUUCAAGUUACUCAGCAAGCUUGUUUUUGCCUUAUUCCUGCCCUGUUUGAUCUUCACUCACCUUGGUCCAUGCAUUACUCUCGAGAGUGUCAUUCACUGGUGGUUCAUCCCCGUAAAUGUUGUUCUUAGUACUGCCAUUGGCUGCGUGUUGGGGUUCUUGGUGGCAAUAAUUUGCCGGCCACCACCUGAAUACUUUCGAUUCACCAUCAUCAUGACCGCAUUUGGAAACACAGGGAACCUCCCUCUGGCAAUAGUUUCAUCAGUUUGCCACAAUACUGCUAACCCAUUUGGUCAGGAAUGUUAUGCCUCCGGUGUGGCUUAUGUAUCCUUUUCCCAAUGGGUUGCUGUUAUACUUGUUUACACUCUUGUUUACCACAUGAUGGAGCCCCCAUUGGAGUAUUAUGAGAUCAUUGAAGAAGGAGAGCCUGAAAUAGAGGAGGUAGUGCCUGCUGCUGAUGAUCUUAGUAGGCCGCUUCUUGUUGAAGCUGAAUGGCCGGGGCUCGAAGAUAAGGAAACCGAACAUUGCAAGACACCCUUUAUUGCAAGGCUUUUCUACAGCAUCUCGGGCAUCUCACAAACAACUAUUCCGGAUCUUGAUUCAGUGGAUGAAGGUCCAAGAAGUACCAUGUCAAUUAGAUGUUGGGCAGAGCCUAGGAUGAUUAGAAAAAUCAGAAUUGUUGCUGAGAAAACUCCAAUUCAUCACAUACUUCAGCCACCAACAAUCGCUUCACUGUUAGCGAUUGUUAUAGGACUGGUUCCUACUCUUAAAUCUUUGGUUUUUAGUGAUGAUUCUGUGGUUUCUUUUAUCACAGACAGUUUAGAUUUUAUGGCUGAGGCAAUGGUGCCUUCAACUAUGCUUGUUCUUGGAGGAAUGCUUGCUGAAGGUCCCAAUGAAUCUAAUUUAGGGAUCCGAACUACAAUUGGCAUCAUUGUAGCAAGGCUUUUAAUUCUUCCUUUACUUGGAAUUGGGGUCAUUCUAUUGGCUGAUAAGCUGAAUAUUUUGGUCCCCGGGGAUAACAUGUACAGAUUCGUGCUUUUGCUGCAAUACACAACACCAAGUGCCAUCUUAUUAGGGGCAAUCGCAAGCUUGAGGGGUUAUGCAGUGAAUGAGGCAUCGGCUCUCCUCUUCUGGCAGCAUGUGUUUGCUCUGUUCUCCCUUUCAUUGUAUAUAAUUCUGUACUUCAACGUGCUAUUUCCCUAUAUCUAAGCUAUGUCCUGACUUCUGUUUUUAACUUUAUGAAAUACAUAUUUCCUGAUUUCAAGUAGUAUAUCUCUCUUA